AUGAAUGGGAAGGGCCAGGCCGCAGUGAACGAUAUGGUACAGAAGACCAACCUAGCUUUUAGCCCAACUGGAAUAAGUUGUCCUCUACCUAGAAAAUUUAAGAUGUUAACUCUUGAGAGCUUCAAUGGGACACGAGAUCCUCUCGACGAUUUGGAGACGUACAAAGCUCUUAUAUAUUUGCAAGCCCUAGAAGAGGUGGACGACAAGGUUGCCCUCACAGCCUUUAUGGGAGGACUACAGACUUCUAAGUUCCUGUUUUCCUUGUCAAAGGAAGCCCCUACGAGCAUGACAAAGUUUAUGGUUAGAGCACAAAAGCACAUAAACGCUGAGGAUGUUAUGAAUGCACGAAAAAAUAAGGAUAGUGAAGAUAAGAGGUCGGAUAAAAAGAGGCCAACACCUAACACUAGGGAGGAAAGGGAAUCGAAGUACAAGAAAUUCUUAAACACCCAGGCUGACAGAUCGUCUCGCCGUCCAGUGAGCCGAGGCAGGUAUAAUAACUACACCCCCCUAAAUACAUCAAUAGAGCAGGUCUUUCUGCAGAUUCAAGAUGACGCAUCAUUGAAAUGGCCGUCAAAGCUAAAAGCUGAUCCAGCAAAGAGGUCUCGAGAUAAAAACUGUAGGUUCCACUGGGACCAUGGACAUAACAUAGAAGAUUGUUUCAACCUCAAAAAUCAGAUCAAGAACCUUGUUCGUAAGGGUCAUUUACGCAAAUUCACGACUGGAAAUGGAAAAUGA